CCUGGAGACGUCACAGAGUGAGCGUCGCACAGGAUUGCAGCCCCGGCUCAAGAGCCUCGACACAGCCCCGAAAAACGCCAAAAUAUUACAGCGUAAAGUUGCAUGGACGCCCAACAUCGAUCUCUCUCUCUCCUCUUUGUCUUUCUCUCCUCACAGGCGACGCCAUUGGAAGAAGCAGAGGUUUGGAUUCAAGCGAUCUCCGUCGAACUUCUGUGAGCCCUAAUUCAAUGCGCUCGUUGUUCUGGUGAUGACAGCGAAGGCGUAACGUUCUGGUCGGUAUUAUGUUAAUAGUUAUGAAUGUUAUAAUGUUUUGAAAAUUCGAAACCGUUCGGAUUCGCCAUUUCGGUCUGUGCCAGCGGAGAAAGGGAGAGGGGGAUAUUUCUGGUCGCUGGAGAAAUGCCAAGUGUAGCUGUGAAGUUGUACAGCGUUUUCUUCAAAUUUCUCCUAAAGCACCGUCUGCAGACCCGGAUUCAAACCCCGUCGGACGAUGCCAGCCCAUUCGGGGUCACUUCCCGGCCCGAAGAGUCCGUAGCCGCAGCGAAUCCGUCCUUCACUGACGGCGUCGCCACCAAGGACAUCCACAUCGACCCCUUCACGUCCCUGUCUAUUCGGAUCUUCCUCCCCGAGGCCGUCCUGGUCUCGCCUGAUCCUGAUUCCAGAAAAGCUAGGGCUAGGGCUAGCGCGAAACGGCCCGAUCUCGAUUCCGGAUCCGAUCGGAGCCACGAAAGUAAUCAGAUUCUGCGUCGUAACAGCUAUGGCGCGGCGGGGACCGCCAAUGCCGCGACGCCGAGGGAGCAGUCGCGGAGGAACAGCUACGGGUGUAUUAACGAUGCCGAGAGUUUGAAUUUGAAACAGGAUGGAGGAGGAGGAUACAAGGGGUACUCGCCGGCGGUAGAGAAUUGCCGGAAACUGCCGGUGAUGCUGCAGUUUCACGGCGGGGGUUUUGUUAGCGGGAGCAACGAUUCUGUUGCGAACGAUUUCUUUUGUAGGCGUAUCGCGAAGUUGUGCGAUGUUAUUGUUAUUGCGGUUGGGUACAGAUUAGCGCCAGAGAAUCGGUACCCUGCGGCGUUUGAGGAUGGGAUGAAUGUUUUGGGUUGGUUGGGGAAACAGGCAAAUUUGGCGGAAUGCAGUAAGUCGCUAGGGAGUUCUCGAGGAAGCGGGGCUGAUCUUAGGAAAUCGGAUGUUCAUAGGCACAUUGCCGAUACGUUUGGGGCGUCGGUGGUGGAGCCAUGGCUGUCUGCUCACGGAGAUCCCUCCAGAUGCGUCCUCCUUGGGGUGAGCUGUGGCGCAAACAUUGCUGAUUAUGUGGCUCGGAAAGCUGUGGAGGCAGGCAGGCGUCUGGACCCUGUGAAGGUAGUUGCACAGGUCCUGAUGUAUCCAUUUUUCAUUGGAAGUGUUCCAACCCAUUCCGAGAUAAGGCUUGCAAACUCCUACUUCUACGACAAGCCUAUGUGCUUACUUGCAUGGAAACUCUUCUUGCCCGAGGAAGACUUUAGUCUGGACCAUCCUGCUGCCAACCCCCUCAUUCCCGGAAGGUCUCCACCUCUAAAGCUCAUGCCACCAACACUGACAGUGGUUGCUGAACAUGACUGGAUGAGGGACCGAGCAAUUGCUUACUCAGAAGAGCUGCGGAAGGUGAAUGUCGAUGCACCUGUUCUCGAGUACAAGGACGCAGUUCACGAAUUUGCAACCCUCGACAUGCUUCUCAAAACCCCUCAGGCCCAGGCCUGCACCGAAGACAUUGCCAUUUGGGUCAAGAAGUAUAUCUCACUUCGAGGUCAUGAAUUUUCUUAUUAAGUACGAAAUAACAAAACCAGAAACAGGUGAAGUCGGAAUGCCGGAUUCUAGCUAACCAGCACAUUUCUUCUGCUUGAAGAUGCGAAAGAGAUCGAUCAAAUAAUUGGUGCAUACUUGGGGAAAAUUUCAUGGUAUUGGUACCAUAUUUUUUCCACCCCAAAAGAUUUUUGAGAAGUCUACUCCUUGCCCUCCUGUCUUCAUAUUAUUCUGUAAGAUAGAGAAGAUAAAAAAGAGUAGGAAUUAGCCUUAGGUGUGAGAUGCCUUCUUACGGUUUGAGUGAGUGAAAAUGCUCCGCAUUGGGACUUUCUUGUUAAAAAAUUUUCCUGUGUAUUAUGAUUGUACUAUUUCUUAUGAAAUGGAAUUUAAUUCAUGAA